AUGCCGCCGGAUCGUACAGAGAAGAAGAAUAGUGUUGCGAAAGCUGCUCCUUCCCGCCGUCUCGCAGCCUUCGGCUUCAUACCUGCCCCGAAAGAGGAGGUCGUAGCCGCAGCGGCCCGGGUAAAGCCUUCAGUUCCAGAACCUCGUCUUCCCGGGCCUCUAGUCGUAUCACGACCCGCUGAAGACCAAGAAGUUCAAGAAGACCAAGAAGUACAAGAGGCGCCGAAGCCAAAACCUCGUCUUCCUAAGCCUGUCGUCAAAGGAGCAAAACGUGCCUCCUUCAAAGACUCCAGAUACGACUGGGAUGGCAAGUACCACAAAAUCAUUGGAACAUCGACACGAAAGAUCAUCCUUGAAAGAGCCUUCAAACUGGCAGAUAAUCACAUUGAAGACAUCCUCUUCCUGGGUCCCAAAGUCUGCGACUCACUGACAGAAAUUCAUUUUGAAUACUUGGAUAAUGACUACGACGCUCAUAACGACUCAUUUCUAAAUUUGACAACAGCCUGCCUCCUGACGGACGAGGGUAUCAAACGCCUCGCUAGAGGCUGCAGAAACUUGAAGAAAAUCUUUUUACCCGAGUCUGAAGGUUCCAACAUGGCUGAUCAAGGCCUGAUCCAUCUUCUUACCUUCUGUCCAGAUAUCACCAAUCUAGAAUUCUCCGGUUCUGGCGUUACCGAGAUCGCUUUCCAACAAAUGGCCGCUCACUCAGAUUUGGCCCCGAACUUGAAGAAACUACACCUUAGCGACCAAUCUUCGAAGAAGAAUUAUAUGCGUAGCAUGCGAGAUUUUGGAAGGACUCGACCAACACUACCAAUUGAGCUGGUUCGCCUUUCGAGUUAUAAGAAGCACGAUUCAUGGUACAUGGAGACUAGUCACACCACGUACACGAAUGGUAGAAAGGUGUCUACUAGUCUCCCAACCAUCAGCUGAGCUACGUUCAGGCGGGCCAGGCCACGGUUACUUCCUUCGUCCAUUUAAUUUUCUUUGGGUGGACAGCCUCUUCAAGUCAGCUAGUCAUCUGGCAUACCGUAUAUUCUCAAGUCUACAGUACUUUCCAAGAACGUGUCACUCCAAAAGCUUUCUGUCUGGAAAGCGUACUCAUCCCUUUUCAAAUCACUAUCGGAUA